AGAGACUUAGCUGUUUCGACAAGACGAGCUUAGUAUAUAGAACAGAGACCGGUGGGAGUCAGUAUGGCCGUGGAUCGUAUCACUUUAGGCCUAGACAACUUCAGUGUCUAUCCGGUGUUUGUGAAGUGGAGAAUUGGCGAUGUUAUUUUGAUUCCAAUCGUGUUCCUAAUCAACAGUUAUGUGUUUUAUAUCAGUUAUCCCUUUGAGAGACAAUUUGUUAUUAACGACGUCACGAUUAACCAUCCAUUUACUGAGCAUGAACGAGUUCCAAACGAGGUAAAUAUGAUCUACUCUUUGGCGAUCCCUGUGGUCAUAAUUGUCAUUGUCACUUCGCUGUUAGGUGAUCCAAGACACAAGUUGUACUUGGGUUAUAUUUCUAUUCUGGGUCUGUUUGUAUCUUUCUUUGUGAAUGAGCUAUUCACAGAUGCCUUGAAGAAUUGGAUUGGAAGACAUAGACCUGAUUUCAUUGCCAGAUGUAUCCCUAAGGCCGAUGCACCAAGGGACGUUUUGGUGUUUGCAAAGGAUGUGUGCACCACGAAGGACUUGCUCAGACUUGCUGAUGGAUUUAGAACCACACCUUCUGGACAUUCGAGUUCUGCAUUCUCAGGCUUAGGAUAUCUCUCCCUGUGGCUAAUGGGCCAGUUAUUAACCGAACACCCAUUGACGGGUUCCUGGAGAAAAGUUGUUGCUGCUGUCCCACUUUUGGGCGCUGCGUUGAUUGCAAUCUCAAGAACUGAGGAUUACAGACACCACUUUGUUGAUGUGAUCCUGGGAAGCAUGUUGGGCUUCACUGUUGCCUACUGGUCAUAUAGAAGAAACUUCCCUGAGCUGUCAAGCAAUGCCUCCUUCAAGCCAUAUUUGGACGAUAGUGAUGUUAAGGCUGUCGAAAACGCCAUCAUAAGAGCAGAUACUGGAGAAGACUACAACAGCCAUCUGUUGUCCAACAACAACGUCUAAACCUCUGCAAUAUAGUCUGUCCUUGAGUACUCCUAUGAAUCAUAUCGAUGACCAAAACGUUAGUUCAGGGAUAGUUAUAUGGAUGGUCAUGACGUUCGGAGAAGAGAAGAGAAUGAACUACGCCACUUUAGAGAGUACAUAGAACGGUACUGUACUGUAUAAGUAACCCUAUUUAUCAUAUCUCGCUGUAUUGGAGUCCCC